GAACCUGCUGUGCUCUUUGGAGGAAAAUGGUUGAUGGAGAAAACGAGGUGCCCCCCCUGCCCCCCAGAUUCAGGUUCAGGGAUCUGCUGCAAGGAGAACAGACCUGGCCAAACGAUGACAAGGUGCAGGUUGAGUUCUACACCAAUGAGAACACUUUAAAAGAAAGACUCAAGCUGUUCUUCAUCAAAAAUCAAAGAUCAAGUCUCCGAAUACGUUUCUUCCACUUCUCUCUCAAGCUGCUGAGCUGCGUUUUGUACAUAUCUCGAGUGCUGUAUGACUGUGGGCCUAGACAACUGUGCCUGGAUUGCCAAAAUUACACCUUAUUUGGGAUAGACUGCCCGGUUUUCCAAAAUUACACCAUGUUUGGGAUAGACUGGGCUCCAGUAAUUUGGGUGGACCGUGGUGUUGAACUGUGGGCUUUGCAGGUGUCUGUGGCAGUCGUAUGUCUGUCUCAGACGCUACUGCUAACCUACCUAAGUUACAAGGGGAACAUAUGGGAGCAGAUACUUCGCAUAACGUUCCUCCUGGAGAUCAUCAACACGGUGCCCUUUCUGAUAACGGUUUUCUACUUUCCUCUUCACAAUCUAUUCGUCCCUGUGUUCCUCAACUGCUGGCUGGCCAAACAUACACUGGAAAACAUGAUCAACGACUUUCAUCGUGUUAUACAGCGGACGCAGUCGGCCAUGUUCAAUCAGGUCCUGAUCCUGAUCUCCACGCUCCUGUGUCUCAUAUUCACCUGCAUAUGUGGGAUCCAGCAUCUGGAGCGUGCCGGGCGGAAUCUGAGCCUUUUUGACUCCGUCUACUUCUGCAUCGUGACCUUUUCAACUGUGGGGUAUGGAGACGUCUACCCAAAGAUCUGGCCCUCUAAGCUGCUGGUGGUCAUCAUGAUAUCUGUGGCUCUUGUGGUGCUUCCUGUCCAGUUCGAGCAGUUGGCGUACCUGUGGAUGGAACGUCAAAAGUCUGGGGGAAACUACAGCAGACACAGAGCCGAGACGGAGAGGCACGUGGUGCUGUGUGUCAGUUCACUCAAAAUCGACCUGCUCAUGGACUUCCUCAACGAGUUUUAUGCCCACCCCAAGCUCCAGGACCACUACGUCGUCAUCCUGUGUCCGACAGAGAUGGAUACUCGGGUGCGCCGGGUGCUGCAGAUCCCCCUCUGGUCUCAGAGGGUCAUUUACCUGCAGGGGUCCGCCCUCAAAGACAAAGACCUUUUCAGGGCCAAGCUGGACAAUGCUGAGGCAUGUUUUACCCUGAGCAGUCGAUGUGAAGUUGACCGCAUUGCAGCAGACCACCAGACCAUUCUCCGUGCUUGGGCAGUGAAGGACUUUGCCCCAAACUGCCCCUUGUAUGUCCAAAUCCUAAAACCGGAGAACAAAUUUCAUGUGAAAUUUGCGGAUCACGUGGUUUGUGAAGAGGAGUUUAAGUACGCUCUGCUGGCCCUCAACUGCAUCUGCCCUGCCACCUCCACCCUCAUCACCCUCCUAGUACACACCUCCCAGGGCCUGGAAGGUCAGCAGUCUCCAGAGCAGUGGCACAGGAUCUAUGGCAGGUGUUCAGGCAACGAGGUUUACAACAUCGUCCUGAAAGACAGCAUCUUCUUCACCGAGUACAAGGGCAAGAGCUUCACCUACGCUUCAUUCCACGCACAGAAGAAGUAUGGGGUCUGUCUGAUUGGAGUCUGCCGUGGAGACAGUAAAACCAUCCUCCUCAACCCAGGCCGUCAGUACACCAUGCAUGCCUCGGACAUGUGCUUCUACAUUAGCAUCACCAAGGAGGAGAACUCCAGGUUCAAUUUCCAGGGGGACCGCUGCAAAAAAGGCUCCAAAACCCAUCUUCCAGUGCACAGCAUCAUUGCUAGCAUGGGCACAGUGGCUAUCAACCUGCAGGACACCAGCGACACGCCGAGCCGCAGCUCUACGCUCUCUGUUCCAGCCGAGCCCUUCAAAUGCAGCAGCAAGAGACCCAGCAUCGCCACCGUUCUGGAGGUGCCAGUGUCCCCCAUCUUGCAGGCCGGUGAAAGUGACCAGUCCGAAGAUGAGGCUGCACCGUUUUGGGAUGACCAGUCCAGUGACGGGUAUGAGUACAUCAUGGGCUAUCCUCCUAAUUUACCCUACAUCGGAAGCUCACAGACAUUUUGCCAUUUAUUGAAAGAGAAAAUGCCUCAUUGUUGUCUGCGCCUGGAAAAGGGCUGUCAACACAACCACUGUGAAGACGCCAAAGCGUACAGCUUCUGGAACAAGCCGAUCAUCGUGUCUGCGGAGACGGCAGGGAACGGCCUGUACAACUUCAUCCUGCCUUUACGAGCCUCGUACAGACCCAAGAAGGAGCUGAACCCCAUCGUCCUGCUACUGGACAACCCGCCUGAUGCACAGUUUCUUGAGACCAUCUGCUGGUUCCCAAUGGUGUACUACAUGGUGGGAUCAAUGGACAGUCUGGAUGACCUGCUACGCUGUGGCGUCUCUUUUGCUGCUAACAUGGUGGUGGUGGACAAGGAGAGCACCAUGACCGCCAAAGAGGACUACAUGGCCGACGCCAAAACCAUCGUCAACGUUCAGACCCUCUUCAGGUUAUUUCCCAGCCUCAGCAUCAUCACUGAGCUCACUCAUCCAGCCAACAUGAGGUUUAUGCAGUUCAGGGCAAAAGACUCUUACUCUCAGGAGCUCUCUAAACUGGAGAAGAAGGAGAAGAAGAAGGGCUCCAAUCUGGCCUUCAUGUUUCGUCUGCCGUUUGCAGCUGGAAGGGUGUUUAGCGUCGGCAUGCUGGAUACUCUCCUCUACCAGUCUUUUGUGAAGGACUAUGUGAUAACCAUCACCAGACUGCUGCUUGGCCUGGACACGACGCCGGGAUCUGGCUUCCUGUGUUCUACGCAGAUCACAGAGGACGAUCUGUGGAUCCAGACGUACGGCAGACUGUACCAAAAACUCUGCUCCACCGUUGGAGAUAUCCCAAUCGGCAUCUACAGGACCGAGUCUCAGAGGCCCGAAUCUCUCGAGUCCCAGUUGUCGGUGAAUGUGGAUGAGUUUGAAGACGUGAGGGAGCAGCCGCGGAGGAAGAGCAUGCAGUGGGCUCGGCGCCUCAGCCGCAUGGGCCCCCGGCUCACAGGCCGUGGGGCUGAGAGAUGCGGGCAGCAGCGGGCCAGCCUGCUCCCUCGCUCCGAACGCCAGGAGCUGGCCGAGCUCGUCAAGAAGCGCAUGCAGAACCUGGGCCUCUACACGGCGGGCCACGAUGACAUAAACGGCAGCCAAAGUAGUCACUCAUAUGUCUUAAUCAACCCACCACCCGACACGAGACUAGAGCUUCACGACAUUGUAUACAUAAUCCGCGAGGAUCCGCUCUCCUUCAUUCCGAGGGAUGUGGACAGCAGGAAGAGCAGUCUGGGGAACACGUCGUGGACAGGAGAUUAAAUCUGAUCAGCUCCCAUCGACACCACGAAAUGCCGACAGUGUGACAUAAAGCAAGGCUGUUGCUUCGCUUCUACCUAUCGCUGUGUUCAGAUG